AAUUCUGAAUUUUAUGCCAAAUUUGGUUGAAUCUUAUUCAAAAAGCAAUUUGUGAAAAUAUUAAAAUUAGUGAAAAAUAAAGGUUCCACCUAGAAUUUACUAGAAACAUCAAAGGAAGUGCUCAAUUUAAGGUCUAUUAAAUACAAUCCCAAAAGUGUUCUAUAAAAACUAUUGAAAAAUGAGUUCAGCAGCAUACUAUCCAUUCCAAUGUAAACCAACUGUCUAUCCAGCCGAUCCAUUCGAUCCAAAUGAAGAUGCCGCUGUCUUGCGAAAGGCCAUGAAGGGUUUCGGAACUGACGAAAAGGCUAUUAUUGAAGUUCUUGCACGUCGCGGAAUCGUUCAAAGACUCGAAAUUGCCUCAGCAUUUAAGACCAAUUUCGGCAAAGAUCUUAUUUCUGAUUUGAAAUCGGAAUUGGGUGGAAAGUUUGAAGAUGUUAUUCUCGCUUUGAUGACACCACUUCCACAAUAUUAUGCUAAAGAAUUGCAUGAUGCAAUUAGCGGUAUUGGAACUGACGAAGAUGCAAUUAUUGAAAUUCUUUGCACAUUGUCAAAUUAUGGAAUUCGUACAAUUGCUGAAUUUUAUGAACAGCUAUACGGCAAUACAUUGGAAUCGGAUAUUAAAGGCGAUACAUCAGGUUUCUUCAAGCGCUUAUGCGUUUCAUUGGUUCAAGGCAAUCGCGAUGAGAAUAAUGGCGUUGAUCAAGGUGCUGCAGUAGCCGAUGCCCAAGCACUUUUCGAUGCCGGUGAAGGUCAAUGGGGAACGGAUGAGAGUGUCUUUAACUCAAUUCUCGUCACACGAUCAUACCAACAAUUGAGACAAAUUUUCUUGGAAUAUGAGGCAAUGUCUGGAAAUGAUAUUGAAACAGCCAUUAAACGUGAAUUCACUGGAAAUGCUGAGAAGGGUUUUCUCGCUAUUGCCAAGGUUGUGAAAUCUAAAGUUGAUUUCUUCGCUGAGAAGCUUCACGACUCAAUGGCUGGUUUGGGAACUACUGACAAGACUCUCAUCCGUAUUAUUGUUUCAAGAAGUGAAAUAGAUCUUGGUGACAUCAAAGAAGCUUUUGAAGCUAAGUACGGCAAGAGUUUGGAAUCGUGGGUCAAGGAUGAACUUAACACUGAAAUUGGAUAUUUAUUGUACACUCUCGUUGCAUACUAAAGGCAACAAACUUCCAUCUGUAUCUAGCAGCUUCCUGCCUUACUCCCUAAUCCUUAUCCGUGUUUUAUUGACAUUUUUCAUAAAGUUUUUUUUUUGAAUUAUUAAUUUAUUUCUAUUUAAUUUUUUUGAGAUAAAGUUUGGCAUGCAUUUAAAUGCUUUUUGAAUUGAGUUUUUGGAUCAAGUAGUUUAUAGAUCUAAAUUAUGUAAAAAUUUAUGAUUUUGACGACGCAAACAUUUUUUUCCAAAAUUUGUCAAAUUUUUUUGAUUAUUUUUUUCUCAUGUCUUUUUUCAUUCUUAAUCCUCAAAAUUUUACUUAUUGAAGGAUGAUCUUGGUGGUGACUUAGGAGAUUUGCUGGCUGAGCUUAUUGAAUACUAAGCAGCAAUAAUCAAAAAACAUAAAAUGCUAAAAAUCUGUUUUUUCUUUUCUCUAUUUUUUGUAUAACUUACAAGUAUUAAUUAUGAUGUUUUAUUGAAUUAAUUUAUAUUCCCAUUAAUUUUAAAUGCACAAAUAAUGUUUUGGAAAAAAGAAGAAAAUUUUAAAUUUUUACAUAAAGUUUUAUCUUGCAUUUAGCAAUUGUUAAUUAAUGUAAUCUCAUUGUGUAUUUUUUGAAGCACAUUUUUCGAACGUUUUUUUGGGCAAUAAAGUUAUGAAAUAGUUUAAGUGUCACAAGGUGAUUUUGAAGGAAUUGAAAGGAUUUCGUUUAAAAGUACUGUUGAAAAAAAUUUGAAUUUUUUAACACGUUUUUGAAAUUUAAUUCAAUUCAUAAAUUUUGAAAACCGUUAAAUAUUCGAAUAUUUUUUGACCUUAAAUUUUCAAUUAAACUUUUUCAAUUUCCUUCAACAAUCAACAAUUGAAAGCAUUAAGCAUAUUAAUAUCUAAGUAAUAUAUUCCAUCUCAUAAAUUACAGGAUGAAUUGUCAAGUGACUAUGAAAGAGUAAUGAUUGCCCUUCUUGGAGAAUAAAAAAAUACAUUUACAUAUAUUAAGCAUAAUAUAUAGCAUGAGCUUUUACGAAGCGCGGCAUUGAGUAUUAAAUUAAAAGUUUUCUUUUUUUGGAAAUUUCAAAAUUAAAUUAUAUAUUUUGUCGAUGAUUGUAUUUGCCUUAACAUGCAGUUCUGUCACACAUUAAAGUGCAUUAUAAAUAAAUGUU